AUGGAGCCAGCAAACACCACCUUGACCCCAAUCCUGCUCCUGCCGCCGCGCACCCUGUUGUGGGAUGGGUGGCUCAUGGUGGCCUGUGUGGCACUGGGGCUACCAGCCAACGCCUUCACCUUGUGGUUCACGGGCUGGCGCCUGCGGGGACAAGGCCUGGCAGGCUUCAUCCUCAGCCUGGCCACCUCAGACCUCCUCUUCCUCACCAACUCGCUCUUGCAGAUCUGGUCGAUGGCCAACAGCUACCAGUGGCUCCUGGGCACCGCCUUGUGCCAACUCUACCAAUUCCUCUACGGUGUGGGUUACUACAGUGGGCUCUUCUUGCUGGCGACCAUCAGCUUGGACAGAUGCCUGCUGGUGGCCGCCCCCCUGUGGUACCGGUGCCGGCGGCCGGCGCGGUUACCGGUGAUACUGUGCCUGGGCGCCUGGCUGGCAGCGGCCGCCUGCAGCGUGCCAGACACGGCGCUGUCAUUGACGGAGGAGUUGAUGCCCGGCUUUGUGGUGUGUGUCACCAGGCGGGGCAGCUGGGAGGUGCCCAUGCGCUGUUUGGAGGUGCUGGUGGAGGGAUUGCUGCCCUUCAGCGUGGUCAUGGUGUGCCACGGGGUGGCUUUGGUGCUGGCACGCUGCCGCCGCGGGCAAGGAGUUCGCCCUCCAGCUCGGUUCCAGCAUAUCUUGGUGGCUACGGUGAGCGUCUACGUGGUGCUGCAUCUGCCCUUCCAAGUGGCCCAGCUGCUGACGUUGGUGGCACCCGGGACCUCCGAGCACUUAAUCUACUUCCUGGGGUUGGCCUUCAACCUGAACAGCUGCAUCAAUCCCUGCCUCUACCUGCUCUUUGGCACCCGUGCCUGCCAACGCCUCAGCCGCCUGCUGCGGGCUGUCCUCGUCUGCUGGCCAACCAAAGCCCUUACCGAAGUGCCACUCACAACUGUCAGCCAAGUGCCACCCCCUGCCGCCACCCCUGUGCCAACUGCUACCGGCAAUCCUGUGCCACCUGCUGCCAUCGCCCCCGUGCCGACUGCUACUGGCAACCCUGUGCCACCUGCAGCCACUACCUCAAUGCCACUCUGAGCUCUGAGCUCACCGAGUCCAACCACCAACCCAACGCCACCAGGGCACCACCAGCCCGUGCCCCUCAGCACCACUUCUCCACCGCUUUGAAACCCUGGCAGGGACGGACACUGCCCUGGGCAGCCUGGGUUAGGUCCUGACAACCCUCAAGGGCAACAAACUGUUCUUCACGUCCAA